AUGCAACGUUUGCCAGCUACCUUGUACCGUAAAAUAGCUCAUAGACCUUCAUGCGACGUGUUCAUAAAUCAUCGAGGGAUCGACACGAAGAGGAACAUCGCAGGGUUGCUUUACGAUCGAUUGACAAAGAUGGGAGUGAGGUCGUUUUUGGACAGCAAGAAUAUGAAACCUGGGGAUAGAUUGUUUGAUCAUAUUGAUAGAGGAAUUCUUGGUUGCAAAGUUGGUGUUGCUGUUUUUUCGCCAACUUAUUGUGACUCUUAUUUUUGUCUCCAUGAACUUGCUCUUUUCAUGGAGUCGAAAAAGAGAGUUAUCCCAAUUUUUUAUGAUGUUAAACCUUCUGAGCUUGUUGUUAAGGACAAUGGUACUUGUCCUGCUAAAGAGCUUCGAAGGUUUAGUGCGGCAUUAGAGGAAGCUAAAUUCACUGUUGGAUUAACCUUCGAUUCUUCCAAUAGGGACUGGUCGGUGUUAUUAAGAGAUGCUUCGGAAGCAGUGAUCAUGAACUUGUUGGAGUUAGAAGAAGAGCGUAAGCUCAUGAAGAGGAAACAAUGA